AUGCGCCCCUCACAACUCGUCGCUGCGGCCACCUUGGCAAUCGCCGCCAGCGCUGGCAUUCCCAGCUCCGGCGACAGCGCACCUCCCGCAUCCGUCGCCCUCGUAACUUCGCCCUCCUCCGUGUUGCCCGUCACCACCGCCGUCGGCAUCCAAAGCUCCUCGGAGCGCAUCUCGACGCCCAACGCUACCGUCGUCGCCUCGUCACAAUCGCCUCUGACGACUGCCAGCCCGGCCAACCACUCGACGACGACGCAUCAUGCUGGUGUGCAAUCAACAGCUACUCCCGACAUGACCGCGCACGCCAAUGCGACCAGCUCCAAGCCUGCUGAUGCUACCGGCGGUGCUAUCCUACCUCAAAUGCAGGGCUCAAUGGCUGGUCUCUUGGGCUUCUGCAUCAUGAGCCUCAUGCUGCUCUAG